AUUUAAGGCAUAUCUACCCAGGGAAAUUAGUCCUUAAAAGGAAGGGUGUAGAUGUUUAAUGUGAUCAUUUUUGUAUGCUAGCUCCCUUUGAGUUAUUUUUAACAAAUGCUAAAAUCAUUCCAGUAUAAAAUAAUGUAACUUUACCCUGCAAGUGGAAUAUGUUACUUAAUUUCUAGAGCACUAGAAAUAGGAGAGAGUUACAUGGGGUAAUGUGCUAGAAGUUCACAUUGCUGCACAUUCACAGUUACUGCACACUAACUUCUUUAUGUAACAAACCGUUAGACCUUUUGGUUUUCAGUAUAAGUUUAACACUGGAAAACAGCCAGAAGACAAAUCUGUGCAUCUGCUGCUAGUCUGGUAUGCUCCACGUCUUGAGAAGAACCAUCUAACUAGCUGACAUCAUUAGCAUACGUGAAGGCACCGAUAUUCUGAAGCAUGGCUACUGGACUGAUUCAUUUCCCAGGCUGCAGUUUGUGCGUCAAGGGCAAAGAUCCCAUGCCUGCAUAUAUUGCCCGAAGAUGGAGGGCUCAGCAGCGCCUGGAGGCUCUUCAGCAGCUUGCUGUAGGUCAGUCUUCUCUUCAGAUACCUCGGAUUGUGUAUGAAGAUCCUGAAGUUGAUGGAAGGAAUCGCUACAAAUAUUUUGGACGACCUCUCAGCUCUUUUAAGCUGCCUCCAGCAGGUGUUCCAGAAAGUGUUGCUUAUAUAAAGACAGAGACAGAGCCACAUGUCCAGUCAGGACAUGCAGAAGGCAGCCAGAUCUUUGGCCUCAGUUUCCGAACUCUGGGGACACAGACAGAUUACAGGGACGGAGAAGCACAGACAGAUCCCUACUCCCCUGAAUAUGUAGUUCGCAGUGGCUCAGUCCCUGAAAUUCUGACACUUGCUACACUCACUUGGGGUCGGGGACUGCCAGCAGGACAAGCUGAGAUGGAGAUCAUUGACCGCAUCCGGGAAAAACGUGCUUGGGAAGCAGCUCUGCCACCCAUGGACAGCCCCUCAAACGUCGCAGAGAGGUUGAAGAUGCUGGAGGCUAUGGAAAGGAAGGAGUGGGCCUAUAGAGAAGAGGAAAUAGAGAAAUUGCAGAAGGUUCAAAUGGAAGUCUUUAAGAAACUGCUGCAGAAGCGAGAGGAGAACCAGAAGAAGCUGGAUGCCGUGCGCUUGAAAAACCAGUGGCAAAACCAUCAGAAGGCUAAAGAGGAGAAAAUAAGAAAGAUUCAGCAUGACUGUGCAUUGAUGCUCAGGAAACUGAUAGCUAAGAGGAAGAACUGGAUGGGAAAGCUGGAAAGACGAGAUAUCAUCAAAGAGUAUAAUGACUUUUCAUCACAAACAUAUGCUCCUUUGUCUCGAAUUGGUUUUUUCCCAGACAGCAGUUCUGACUACUAUGCAAUAAAAAGCUUCUAUCUUAACACCUUUGAAGGAUUGUGUGAACUGGAAAAAUCUGUCCAGCAUUAUACCUCGCAGAUCAAGAUUAACGUUCCAAAACCUAAAUCUGGCUAUAUUAGAAAGUCAGGAAGACUCGAGGCAGUCCUAGCACAAGUUCACCAGGCACUCCUGGAGAAGAAGAAUAAAGCCAAAGAGCCAAAGAAGCCUCCCUCUGUCUGUGAAAAAGUAGAAAGCCCUGUUCCUAAGCCACCCACUCUAAUCCUGGAAAAAACAUCAGUUGAGCAAGAGGAAAUAGACCUGGCAGUGAUCUGUCUGCAGAAGCUGCUCCGAGGCAGGGCUCUUCAGAACAUGACAUUUGAAGGGAAGGAGAAGCGCCUGGAUCUGAUCCAAGAGCUGCGCACCACUCACGCGCUCCAGGAGGAUGGACAGCUGCUCUUGAAGGCACAGAAGCAAAUGACACUGUCUUUACAGCGACAGCAGGACUCACAAAUGCAGCAGCUGUCAGCACUGGAAAGAGACUUGGCCGUGGUGGAAGGAAGGACACUGGCGAACAUGCUUGAUUUUCUGGCCAAGGAGCUGGUGAGGCUGCAGGAAGAGCAGAAGAUCCACGCUUUGACCAUGCUGGCUGAGAGGCAGAGGCGGAUGCGGGAAGCAGAGGAGAGCGGCCGGCGGCAGCUGGAGGAGAGCCGGCGGGAGGAGGAGGAUGCGCUUUUCAGACAGGUGGUGAAUGUUCAGGACAGAACUAUUGACACCUACUUGGAAGACAUUAUCCUGAGUAGCAUGGAGAGGACUGCUGAAGAGCAAGCCAGGGAAGAGAUUCAGAAAAGGGCUGUAGAAAUCAACGACAUUGCUUACGAAAUGGAAAGUCGUCGAACUCGCCUGCAGUCAGAAGAGAUUGUAGCAGAGCUGGUUUAUAAUUUCCUGAUCCCAGAAGCUGAGAAAAGCUUUAUGAGAGAAAGAGUGAGGCAGUCCCAAAGAAAACACAUCUACGCUGCCCAUCGGAUCAUCCACGGCGGCACAGAGAGGGCUCUGGCUGGUCUGGCACCACAUCAGGAGGCAUCUGCCACCAAGAGAAAGGAGGAUUCUCCUGCUGGGACAGCCAGCACAGCUCCGAGCGGGACAGCUGCUGGACCAAGUGCGGCUGACAGCACUCACCCCGCCACAGUUGCACAUGAACUUGGACAAGGCUUCCCCGAGGAUCCCGCAGCCUCCUAGGAUGGAAGAUGAGCGCGGGCACCCUGGAUGGAAAACCCUCUCUGCCUCCGGCUGCCCCUCCUGCUGCCUGCCAGCAGUGUUGUCCUGGAACCAUUCUGUAUACAUUUUGGUGUGGCAGCUCCCUCCGCUCCCUCCCCAACUCGAUUUGACCUUCAUCAGCUGAUUUUUCUCUUCUGAUUAUUUAGAGAAGCUCGAGUGAGAAAACAGUGUUUGCAUUCCUUGUUUGUUUU